AUGAGGCGGAAAGCACAAAGAUCCCUGAACCAAAUAAUCUUCUUCUGUGGGGUUUUAUUCCUGAUCCUCUACUUGAACCGUCCCCAGACGCCAGACCCAAUCUUCGCAUGGACGAAGAUCCGCUACAAGACCGGCUCAGCGACGCUCCCCGAGGCACGGGGGAGCUGUCCAGGCCUAACUGAAACCAGCAAACCAGCCCUGGUGGUGUCGCGCGUGGCCACAGAUGGCGAUGCCCGCUGGCUAGACGCGCUGAGCCAGCGCUACCAUCUCUGCGUGUACCGGGUCGAUGAGCCCAUCAACCCGAACUCGGACCAUCUCCAAGUGCCCGCGAACCGGGGCCACGAGGCCAUGGCCUACCUCACAUUUUUAAUUGACAACCAUGCACAUAUACCCGCAGCGGGAGCGGUGUUUGUGCACGGCUCGCGCUGGGCGUGGCACAACGACGCACCCGACUACGACAACGCGGCCUUGCUAGCCACGCUCGAUAUCCCGCGCGCCCUCGCGCCCUCGGGAUAUCACAACCUCCGCUGCGACUGGAGCACCAGCACAUGUGUACCCUCUGCGCCGGCGCAGGGGAGUUUAGAGAUGCGGCUCCAGUCGGCCGUCGCGCCGUGGAGUGCCCGCGCAGCAUCCGACACCGCCCUCCCCUCUGCGCUGGCUGCCAUCUUUGGCGGAGACGCAGAUGACUACCGUGCUGCCCAGGCCAGUGGCCGACUACUUCUGGGUCGGGGCGAGGCAGUGCGCUCGCAGUGCUGCGCGCAGUUUGUGGUUUCGCGCGACCGCAUCUGGCAACAUACGCGCGACGAAUACGUCGCUCUGCGCCAGUGGCUCCUCGAUGGAGGUGACAGUAAUUUGGCACCGCGCUCACGAAACCGCAAGGUCGCGCCUCGCGAUGACAAGGCUGCCGGUCGCAUUUUGUCGUACCUGUGGCAUAUCCUCUUUGCGCCGCAUACUGCUGAUGGCGGGAUCGAUUUGGAGCAGUUGAAUCGCGAUGCUUGUCCACAUGCGGGGGACUGCUAUUGCCGCUUAUACGGGCGCUGUAAUCUGCCCUGCUCAAGGGGUAAUUGUGCGGGACAGUAUCGUGUUCCGCCUUAUUACAGACUGCCGGAUGACUGGGCGGCGACGCAUUCGUGA